UACUAGUGUAUUUAGAUGCGCAGUGAAAACUAGGAUUUGUGAAGACUGUACUUCAAAAACUCAGUCCUGGUUUGAAGAUAAUCUAUUAUUUAUAUUUAUUGGUAUAUGAACUGAACUAAACGAGGAGUUUUUAUAAUGUAGCGUAAACGACCGGUCAGGUGCCAGCAGCAGAAGCGUCACGAGGCUGUCAUGUGACCUAAACUUCUGCAACUCACACAUCCGGUUGUGUGUAGAAGAAACCACAGAAAACACUCCGAGAAAGGGAUUUUAAAAAAAAAAAAUCCUAUCUUUUAAACCGGCUUUAAAAAGAAAUAUAACCAAAUUAAAAAAGUUACUAUUUUUUUUCUUUCUUUCAAACUUUCAAACUGCGUAUAGCUUCAAAGCUAAAUGCUAGGAAUGUCGGCCAACAGUUUGUCGUACAAUGACCAAGGAGGAACGGAGACAGGCGUAGAAGUUGGUCAGGAAACCACUCCGACCAGCAGCUUUGGUCUCUUCACCAGCGACUUUAAAAAGAAUGAGGACCUAAAGGAGAUGCUGGAGAGCAGCAAGGAGUCUCACAAACUGGAGGCCAUGAAGAGGGUGGUGGGGCUAAUAGCAAAGGGGAAAAAUGCAUCAGAACUGUUCCCUGCUGUAGUGAAAAAUGUUGCAAGCAAGAACCUUGAGCUGAAAAAGCUGGUUUACGUGUACUUGGUCAGGUAUGCAGAGGAACAGCAGGAUCUUGCCCUCCUAUCCAUCAGCACCUUCCAGCGUGCUCUCAAGGAUCCAAACCAGUUGAUUAGGGCCAGUGCCCUACGGGUUCUCUCCAGUAUUCGUGUGCCAAUCAUUGUGCCCAUUAUGAUGUUGGCCAUCAAAGAGGCUGCCUCUGACCUUUCACCUUAUGUCAGGAAAACAGCUGCUCAUGCCAUACAGAAGCUGUACAGUCUGGAUCCUGACCAGAAGGAGCACCUGAUUGAAGUGAUUGAGAAACUACUAAAAGACAAAAGCACGCUGGUAGCAGGGAACGUGGUGAUGGCAUUUGAAGAAGUGUGUCCAGAGCGGAUUGAUCUGAUCCAUAAGAAUUACCGGAAGCUGUGCAACCUUCUGAUUGAUGUGGAGGAAUGGGGACAGGUGGUGAUCAUCAACAUGCUCACGCGCUACGCCCGCACCCAGUUCAUCAGCCCAUGGACAGAGGACUGUGGUUUUGAUGAAAACUGUGAAAAGGCAUUCUAUGAUUCGGAUGAAGAGAAGAGAGAUGGUGUGACGCAGAGAAAGUCAUACGUGAUGGAUCCAGAUCACAGAUUACUGUUACGCAAUAUCAAACCUUUACUGCAGAGCAGAAAUACUGCUGUGGUAAUGGCUGUGGCACAGCUGUACUGGCACGUGGCCCCUAAACAUGAACUAAACAUCAUCAGCAAAUCUCUGGUACGAUUACUGAGGAGCCACAGGGAGGUUCAGUAUAUAGUGCUGCAAAAUAUUGCCACUAUGUCCAUCCAGAAAAAGGGCAUGUUUGAGGUAUUCUUGAAGAGUUUUUACGUAAGAUCAACAGAUCCUACACACAUCAAAACACUGAAGCUGGAAAUACUAACUAAUUUAGCCAAUGAAGCCAACAUCUCCACCAUACUCCGUGAGCUGCAGACGUAUGUUAAGAGCCAGGACAAAGAGUUUGCAGCAUCUACUAUCCAGGCAAUUGGAAGGUGUGCGACCAACAUCUCUGAGAUCACAGAUACAUGUCUCAAUGGUCUCGUGCUAUUGCUUUCUAGCCAAAAUGAAACAGUCGUAGCAGAGAGUGUGGUGGUCAUUAAGAAGCUGCUCCAGACGCAGCCCUUACAGCACAGCGACAUCAUCAAACACAUGGCUAAGCUGUUUGACAGCAUUACGGUGCCUAUGGCAAGGGCAAGUAUUCUGUGGCUCACUGGUGAAUAUUGUGAGCAUGUGCCAAAAAUCUCUCCUGACCUUCUAAGAAAAGUGGCCAAGACCUUCACUAGUGAAGAGGACAUUGUUAAAAUGCAAGCAGUUAACCUUGCAGCCAAACUAUACCUCACCAACUCCAAACAGACUAAGCUGUUGGUACAGUACAUUCUAAACCUGGGAAAGUAUGAUCAGAACUACGACAUCAGAGAUCGUACACGUUUUAUUCGGCAGCUUAUAGUUCCCAAUGAGAAAAGUGGUGCUUUGAGCAAAUAUGCACGGCGAAUUCUGCUGGCACCUAAACCUGCCCCUGUGCUGCAGUCUGCCUUUAAAGAUCGGGAUCGUUUUCAACUCGGCACACUGUCCCACACUCUGAACUCUAAAGCCACAGGCUAUCUGGAGCUAUCUGAUUGGCCAGCUGUUGCUCCAGACCAGUCUGUCAGAAAUGUGGAGGUGGUGGAAGCGGUGAAUGAAUGGGCUCCAUCUGUCAGCAAAGCCAAACCUGCUACAUCAGAUGGCCAGUUCUACUCAGACUCUGGAGAGGAAGAUAAGGAUGAGGAGGAAGGUUCAGAUAGCAGCAGUGAGGACAGCAGUAGCAGCAGUGAAGAGUCAAGCAGCAGCACAGAGAGUGAGGAGAAUUCUGAAAGCAGCAGUGAAUCUGAAGAAAGCUCCAGCGAGUCAGAGAAGAACAGCAACUUGGGUUCUGACAAGAAAAAAAGGAAAACUCAGAAAAACAAAGAACUUCAGCAGAGCACAAAACCCAGUAAAGACAGUGACUCAGAUCAAAACAACAAGCAUUUGGAUAAAGCUAGUGUGGGAAGCGAGCCAAGCAGUUCGGAGGACACUUUAUCUAGCUCAGAGUCUGACUCUGAUUCCGACUCCCCAACUAAUCAGAAAUCAAAAAGCAAAUCCAAACCAGCCAAGAAGUUGGAAGAGCAACCUAAGAAAGCAAAAGAGGUUUCUCUCUUGGAUCUGGAUGACUUUUCAACUACUGUAGUUACCACACCCAAAAGCUCCAUCCUCUCCCCACAUCUUUUGUCUGACCUUCAAGGACUUUCACUAUCUGCCUCUUCCACCCCAGCCAUACAGAUGACCAGUCCCAUGUUUGUUCCAGUUCGUUCACACGAGCUUCUCCACAGCAUGACUGGAAAAGGCCUCGCUGCUCACUACCACUUUCCACGUCAACCGUGUAUCUACGGCAACCACAUGGUUUCUCUCCAACUGACACUUAGCAACCACAGUGAUCAUGUACUUCACAACAUCCAUAUCAUGGAGACAGCGUCCACUAGUCAGAAAAUCCACUGUUUCAGCCCGAUUGAGAUUUUGGAGCUGGAGGCAUCGGUAACAGUUUCACUUGGAAUGGAUUUUAAUGACUCAACACAGGCAGCCAGUUUUCAGUUGUGUACUAAAGAAGAUCGCUUCAGUGUGUCUAUCCAGCCAGCAGUGGGAGAACUGCUACUCCCCGUCACCAUGUCUGAACAGGACUUUAACCGAGAGCAAGGAAAGCUGCAGGGAAUGAAUGAAUGCUCAGCCUCGGUCGUCAUGUCCUCCAAAAACACCUUGGUCAGUGACAAGGUCAUGAAUGUGGCCAACAUGGGUGUGGUGCCGUCUGGAGAAAAUAACAUGCACAGGUUUGCAGCCAAGCUGGUGAGCUCUGGCACCCUGGUGUUGGUGUGUGUGGUACAGAAAGAUGUCAGUGCUCAACUAACUGUCAACACAGAAAAGACGGUCAUCGGCUCCAUGCUACUCCAUGAGCUUCAGAUAGCUCUUGGUGCUGCAUAGAAUACAACUUGUACCCACAACACACACACACACACACACACACACACACACACACACACACUUAACCUAGAAUAUACAGGAUGAAUGAGCGAGUGACCAGCAAAAAACAGACGGACACAUUUUUUUUUCUGUUCUAAUGUAUGUAAAGGCUAAAAUCACCUUUCCUUUAGUUUUGCAAAAAAUUAUAUUUCGAUCAGAAAUUUAAGCAUUUCUUAUUUACUUUUUGUCGUAUACCAUUCCCUAUGUGAACAACCACCUUCUUAUAUAUACAGUAGUUCAACCGCAUCCCAAUUCCUGAUUCAUGUACUUGUAUGAUCAAUUAAAAAAUUGUAACGGUUACAUGGAGGGUUUUUUUUUUUUUUUUAUCGCAGGUUUUGAUUCUCAAUAGCUAAUUGUACCAUGGAUAACAAAAAGAAACUGCUUUAAUUUCAUUGUCUUUGUUUAAUUUAUCAUUGUGCAUAAAAGGAGUUGAAGAAAUGCUUCAGUUACUUACACAAAUACUUCACUUUUUCAUUGAUACUUUUACAAUUUUUUAUCUUAUGCAGGUUUAUAUUUUACAAUUCCAUUAAAUAAUUUGAUAAAUCAGCAGUUUUUCUGCAAAACUUUCUUAAAUCAAAGGAAUUUGUAAGAAAGGCCCUAAUCUGUAUAGUUAUUAUUUAAAUAAAAUGUGACCAUGUUUUCAGAGGGACAAAUAUA